CUCUCAUUUCCCUGGGACGAGGUAUAUACACGGUACAGUAAACUCGAAGUUCCUGUGUACUCGAAAUCUUAACAAAACGUUUUGAAACGCAACAAGAUUGUGCUUGUAUAAUCGAAGUGUCAUUUAUGGAACUUUGUAUUUCUGCUGAAAGGCGGAUCAACUACAAGCAAGCAAGACCGGCACUCCCUUUAUUUGAAUAGCUAUUUAGCUUUUUAGAAGUGCAAUAUAUUACCCUGCUUCAGUUCAGUUGAAUUGAAGUGAAGUGCUUUUAGAUUUAUUGCUGGUUCGUACCAUUAUACGCUGUGUCAUACGAAAUCUCGAGGAACUGAAGUCGUCUGCGAAAGUUAUUUUGGCGCGUUCAUCAUGAACGGGACAACCUAUGGAACAGACAUCUCGGCGACUAUGGAUAAUGCUGAUGUCGAUCGUUACGUAACGGUGUCUUACCUGAAGAUGAAGAGACCUACUUACAUUGAAGUGGUGACGGGUAAUGAAGAGGUAGAUGGAACCGACUCGCCCGUCAAGACCCGAUCCCGAAGUUUCAUCUUCGGUCGAUCUUUCACUGGCGACGAAAACGAUAACAAUAGCAAACUUGACCCCAUGUCGCCCAAAAUCUCGUCAUCGCUACCAGAGCUCGUUUCGAACCGUUUCCCCGAACCCGAGCCCGCUGUCGAUGUGGCUAUCGUCGGUGCAGGGUUGUCUGGUCUGAUGUCCGCCUAUGCCAUCAGACAGGCACAACCAGAACUCAGUGUCAUCGUUCUCGAAGCAAAAGAUAAUGUGGGUGGCAGGAUAUAUUCACCCAUGCUAAACACGGCCACAGGUACCAGGCGAUUCGACCUCGGUGACCAGUGGGUCAAUACAGAACAGAGGACAAUCCUUGAACUUUUGGACAAACUGAACAUAGAAACACACCCCGAAUACAAGGAGGGCAAGAACAUCUUAGUUCACGCGGAUGGAGAUAAAGAAGAAUUUGAGAGAAAUGUUUACCCUAUCAAUGUUUUCAGACGUUUGGACAUCAGUUCCUUUGUUUCGAGAAUAGAGAGUAUGAGGGAGGAUCUAUCAAAGAGGGACCCAACAGAUCUCAGCGAGUCAUUGGAAUGGGACUCUAUCACACUGGAGCAGUUCAAGAAAGAACAUAUUUGGACGGAUGUUGCCCGCCAGGUGUUCGACGCCCUUGUGGUGUUCCAUUUUGGAGUCACACCGAGGGAGAUGUCUCUCCUCUUCUUCUGCCAUGUUCUUAACAGUGUUGGAGGUUGGAAGGUGCUCUUUGGUGAGGGUGAAGAGUUUCCCGCAGCAAGACAACUCAAAAUCAAGGGUGGAGCCCAGCAGAUCUGUGAAAAACUGGCCACCGAGAUCGACCGGGCGAACAUCAGACUAAACGACCCCGUCACACUCAUCGAUCAGUCGGAUAAAGAACUCGUCUCUAUCACGACCGACAGUGGGUGUCGUUACCGGGCCAAGAGGGUCAUCAUAGCCACAUCGAUUGACAACUCAGUUCGUAUCCAGCAUAAGCCUAAUCAUCCAGUGAAGAGAUCGCGUAUGACGAGACUGAUGCCAGCCGGUCACUGCAUCAAAUACGUCGUCACAUAUGAAAGUGCAUUCUGGAGAAAAAGUGGGAAGAGCGGGCACGUGAUCAAGUUGACGGACGAGGAGAAGGCUUUCGACGUCGAUGAAGACCUGAUGACGUAUGAGUACGUGUUCGAUGCUUGUUCAUGCAACAGGAACCCAGAAAGUAUUGAGCCAGAGAACCCAGCGCUGAUGGGAAUGAUCUUUUCAGAGUCACUCAGGCAACUUGAGAAAGAUGAAAGAAAGAAGAUUCUGCUGAACAAACUAGCUGAUGUUUUUGGUGAAGAAGCUCUUAAGCCUAUCGACUAUGCAGAAAUGGACUGGGGCGUUGAUCGAUAUACGUCUGGUUUCCCGUUCAGUGCUAUGAUGCCUGGUGCAAUGGUACACCAUUCAAAAGGAAUCAAGCAGCCUCAUGGAAGAAUCCAUUUUUGCGGGGCGGAGAUGUCGUCUUCAUGGUACGGCUGCAUGGAAGGCUCCGUCAAGUCUGGAAAGCGCGUAGCUAGUGAGGUUCGCAAAGCCCUCAACGGGUCCAAAUCUACGACCUCCGCAACGACCGGAGACCAAGAGUCGAUAGAAGAACAGUCGACAGAACCACAAACUGAUGAAACUGCCGCCGUUGCUGUCGAGCACAUGAAUGGAACAGCCUGAAUUUCUCUUCCAGUCUAGAAGAGUAACAUUGACUCGCGGUAUGAGGAAAAUCAAAUCAUUAAUUGUGGGCACUUUAACGGUAGCCUAAUCGUGAUGCGAGUGAAUCUGGACUUGGAGACAAGCAUCUAAUUUUCGAUAUGACUGUUCAUAUUGUAUACUCUUGAUAACUUGAGAAAGUUAAAGGAAGGAGACUUUGAAAUAUAUAGGAGAUUCUCGGAUUAAAGGAGAAUGAGAUAUUCAAAAUAUCUUCAACCUUGUAAUGAUAUCAACCAUGGGUUCAAAACCGGUCCUGUUAAGACGAACAAAAAAUGCUACCGGCAAUUUCAAUAAUGUUUUAUUUUUAAUAGCAAAUAGCGACAAGGGCCCAGCACUGCGAAGCUUAUUGAUUACUCACAAGAUCAUUUCUACAGUUGAAAGAUUCCAGCCCUUAUGAAAUGCGUCGUCACUUUUUGUUGGCAUUGAUGGAUGCUCUGGUAAAGCUUCAGUAGAGUUACAUGUGUGAUUUAAGCGCAGCAAUUUUUAUUUAGUGUGAGAAAACACCUGAAAAUUGUUUUCAAUAUGAAUAUCUGGAUUAGGGAAAUGCUUCAUCAAUAAAAUCAAAAUACAAAUAUCCCAAGUCACAAAAAAUAAAGAUUGGAGAAUUAUUGAAUAUUGUGGGCCUUCCAUCUUGCUAUUGUAACAUAUUUCUGUUAAAUUUGGUUAGGUAUCAGUAUACAUUUUCAUAAAAAAGUAUUUUAUUCAAUUUGCAUACGGAUUCACGGGAAGACUGAGGAAAAUUCAUUUAUCCACGUAUGUCACAUUUUUAUGCAAUGAAUUUUAUGCUGUCUGAAUAUAUAAAUGAGGCUGAGAUAUUAUUAGAUGUAUGUGUUUAACCUAAAUCGUUUGUAUUAUGUAAAAAAUGCGAUUAAUUUUCAUAAAGUAUUGAAAGUACAUAUAAAACGGCUUUAGUUUUAUCGAUAUAUUUCUUUUUGUUAAAACUUGAUUACAAUGCAUAAAUAUUCUUAUAAUUAUAAGGGGAACAGUAAGUUGAACUUCAUCUUGUAUCUUUUUUUUCUAUAGGGACUUUAUCACAUUUUCAUUUGUUUUGAAAAUGUUAUCAAGGCCGUAAAGACAAUAAAAAUAUAUAUCUAUUAGAAGCGUAAUCUCAAAUAAUUAUUUAAAAAACAAAUAAACAUUAUUGUUCAUCAUAUAUGUGGCUAUUUCUAAAUAUACUCCGGCCUGUAAUAAUGCUAGAAAUUUAUUUUAAUACAAUAUCAUGAAUGCGUUUCGCUUACGAUUGAUUUGAUCAACCUCAACUGUAUGGAAAUCCAUUAAUUGAUAUCAUAAUUUUGUCUACAAACAAUUUGAACAACAUCCUCAUCAUACAAAUAGAUGCAUACUGAAUUUUCAAGAAAUUGAUGAUUGUAUAAAUUUACAGCAUAUCUAGAAAAUAUUUUAUCGUAAUAAUGCAUUCUUUGGUGUUGAUGUUCUUUCCAUUGUUAAGGUUGAUCGUAUCAAUCGUAUCUCUUUGUAAGAUGGUGCCCUAAUGGAUAAAUAAAUAUACAUUCUUACUGUGGUAAUAAUGAUACCUCUCCUCACUAAUCUGUAUGACAUCUCCAAUUUGUCUUCCUAUCCGAGGGGCGACGUGUUUUCUGUGUUACACAUAUUUGCUUGUAUCUAUGGAACAUGCAGUGGUCUGUUAACGUUAACCCACAAGGUAGGGCUCAGUCAUGGGACUCGAACCCGCAGACCACAGCUUGGAUAGGCAAGGACUUCACACGUCAUCAUCACACCAUCCAAUAACAAAUAAUCCGAUUGGGGUAUUUUUUUAAUAGUUUAUAUGCGUAUUAAGCUUGCCAUAAUUUUUUCGAAGAAAUAAUAGGAUGAGAUAAUCAAAUAAAUCAGUCAAUCCAGUGUUUCGUGUGUCGCCAGGUAUACAGUCCAAUAUCAAUGACAAAUCACAUAAAUCAACAUAACAUGUUGUUUGCGGGAAAUAAAUAUUUUAUCCAAAGUAUAUAAGAAAAUAUUGAUUUUAAAGGAAAAAAAGCUGGCUUAUUUUCUUCCUAUCAAUUGACAUGUUUUUUUUCUGUAUUCGGUGUUUGUAUUGUACAACUGUAUCAGGUGUGUAUUUUGUUUUGUAAGUGAUUUCUAAUAACCAACUGUACUUUUUAUCGACAAAAUGUCAAAUGUAUUCUAUAAUAUCAUUUCAUUCCUUUUCCGGGUACUUGUGCAUUUACAUGUUAAACUUGGUCAGGAUAAUUUCGGGUUAUAUGUAUAGAUAUUUUAAUACAGUGUCCUUCUUUUGCCUUCGAAUAUCGGUAAAUGUUUUAAAAUGAAUAGAGAUUUAUUGCAUGAGGUACAAACUAGAGUGUAGAGUAGACUCGUAGAAUUAUAUAUUUUAACGAUGUAUUCUAGAUGCCUUUUUUGUAGCUUUAGCAUGUCUUGUAAAAUAUAUCGUAUAAACGUUUAAAUGUUCAAUAUCGAUGUUGCCAUAUUUAUAUCAAUGUUGGUAGGGUGUCUCUCUUGUAUGUUUUAAACGGUGAUACUUUGGACAUUUUUUUAAAGAUAUGAUGACUUGUAAUAAAUUUCAUACUUUCUAUCUA